UUACGCCUCAGUUCAGAGCGGUCCCGAUUGCCGAUCGACCGCUCCAAACGCGCUUGCUUCCCAAACCGAGAUCUUAUAAACAAUAACAACAAUGCCAUUAAUGGACGUUAGUACAGGACGAGUCAUCAAGGAAGUGCAAAUGCGACCCGUCUUGUGGGACUCGUCACACGACCAGUACAAAAAUAAGUACGCCCGUCUAAAAGCCUGGAAGCAAGUAUUUUGUGCGCUGAUCCCGGAGUUUUUAACGUUGCCAGCUGCGGAACAGAAAGAUACAGACAGAGCAAUCCAACAGCGCUGGAAGACAGCACGAGACGCGUAUAUCCGAUGCAAGUCCCAAAUGAAAGCUGGGACUUUAAAAAAGAAAUAUUUCUACUACGACUAUUUGUCGUUUCUACAAAAAAAUUUUGGAGAGAACCCUGAGCAGUCACCGCCGUCAGCCUCUUACGACCCGCUAGCACCUUCAUCCAGCGACACACAUACUGUAAUGAAACUAGAAUCUAUGGACGAUGACUCGGAGAACGAAUACAAUGAACCAGAAGAGGACGACAAUGACAGGGAACAUGAGCCAGAAGACGGCAGCCCUCAAGAAGACGACGACGAAGAACCACCACCGGAGAUAAGAAAACCAUUGAAGAGAAAACUAACCAGUAACGGAGUGAACAAACAAAUACUAAAAAUGUGUAAAGAGAAUUCUGCGCGCAUGAAAAACGAUAAUAUGUCUUUCUUUAUGUCCAUGUUACCUAUAGUUAAUAAGUUCAAUGAUCAACAAAAACUGAUGUUCAGAUCUGAAGUGAUAAGGGUAGCUAUGGAAAUUAGUUCUAAGAAAGAAGAAUGGUGACGUUAGAUUCCAACAAAACAACUAUACAAUAUCUAUGAAAGUUAUGGACGCGUAUAAUUUAUUAUUUUUAAAAUAAGACUGAUUGUUUAAGGAAGAAACAAAGUGUUCAUUUAUAUUAUGAGUGAAAAGCUAGCAUGAUA